UGUAUGAGUUGGGUAUGAACGAUGAGGUUAAGUUUUUACAUAUAAUUUAAAUUAGUAUGUUUUUUCCUAUUUCAUUACUAUAAUAAAUAGGUUAUAAAAAAUUUAAUAAUUUGUUUAAUUUACAAGCAUUGAAUAGUAAAUUUCAAAAAAAUCCAUAUGAUGCAAGCUUUGGCUGUUACAUUGAGAAAGAUUGCAUCAAAGGUUCAUGACAGUAGUUCUAGAGUGAAAUUGAAAAAUAUUAUUGGAGUUGCCUUCAGUAAUAAAUAUCUGUUUUAUACAAAUGUAACAAUAUCGGUUACUUUAUCAUCACUGGGUGAUAUAAUGGAGCAGACAUAUGAGCUUUACACAGAAGAAUUACCGGAAUAUGAUUUUAAACGUACUAAGCACAUGGCAUUCUCAGGGGCAGCCCUUGGGGUCUUAUGUCAUCAUUGGUACAAAGUUCUAGACAAAUUUAUAGUUGGUAAAACCACAGAUAUGGUUAUAAAAAAAUUUGCAUUAGACCAAUUAAUAUUCUCUCCCAUCAUGAUAGUUACAUUAUUCGGUAGUUUAGCAUUACUAGAAGAAAACCCUCUGCAAAACUUUAAAGAAGAAGUUACCCAUAAAUUUACAACAUUAUACAAAGCUGAAUGGAUGGUAUGGCCACCAGCGCAGAUAAUUAAUUUUUAUUUCCUACCAACUCGAUUUAGGGUUUUAUAUGACAACACUAUAUCUCUAGGAUAUGAUGUUUAUACUUCACAAGUAAAACAUAAUAAAAGUUUAAUAAAAGACCCUAAGUUGUGACGAAUAAGAUUUAAGAGUAAAUACUUUUAAUAGUAAAUGAAUUGUUGACUAUUUUUAUUUGUAUAAAAGAAUACAAUACUUACAAUUGUUACUUUUGAAGCUUCGUUAAGUGCUUAUGUAAUCUAAUGAAUUGUGCUGUGAUAUAAUAUUUUUUUUACAAGAUGUCAUAUCACUAAAUACAGAUAAGUUCCAUACAUA